GCGCCGGCGGCAUGAAUAACUGGCUCCAGCUUAUCGGCAAUGCCUUAUCGGUUUUAAUAAACACUCAAACCGGAAUACAACCAUCUGUCCACCACUUUCUAAUAUCAACGACUUCUCUUAGGGCCUUGAUGCGGCGACGCCACCCAGAAAGUUACCUGCUUGCCUUUCCACCCACACACCCAAGCCCCACCCUUAUCAUCUUACAGAAGCUGAUGAAAAGAUGCCCAAAAUUCAGAAAAUACUUUGAAAGUGGAAGAGAGGCACUGAGGUAAAAUGGUAGAAGAAAGGGUGUUAUCAAUGGAUGCAGUUAUCAAAAUAAUGCAAGAUUGGUCAUUGGGGACUUUCCUAACUGUUGGACUUGUUAUUGCUCUUGCUGUGAUUUUACCCAAGCUUUUUGAUGAUCAUAAAAAGAAAUCUCCCAGUAAUCUCCCCCCAGCUAUACCAGGAUUACCUGUGCUUGGGAAUUUACUGCAGUUAAAAGAGAAGAAACCUCACAAGACUUUCCUAAAUUGGGUUGAGGAAUAUGGACCAAUCUAUUCCAUCAAAACAGGGGCUACCACCUUAGUUGUUCUCAACUCCACUGAGCUUGCAAAGGAGGCUAUGAUAAGCAAGCACUCUUCCAUCUCAACAAGAAAGCUUACAAGUGCACUGGAUCUGCUCACUCAUCAAAAAAGUAUGGUUGCAAUGAGUGAUUAUGGAGACUUCCAUAAAACAGUUAAGCGGCAUAUGCUGACCGCGGUUUUGGGCGCAAGUGCUCAGAAACAAUAUCGCAUCCAUAGAGACAUAUUAAUAGACAACGUUUGUUGUGGAUUACAAGAUGAACUCAAGAAAUGUCCUCAGGAAGCAGUGAACCUUCGGAAAUAUUUUCAGUCUGAACUUUUCAGAUUGGCACUAAAGCAAGGAAUCGGAGAGGAUUCAGAUUCUGUAUAUGUAGAUGAGCUUGCAAGUACAGUGUCAAGGGAUAUGAUGUAUAAGUUCCUAGUGGUAGAUUGUAUGGAGGGUGCAAUUGAGGUUGACUGGAGAGAUUUCUUUCCAUAUCUCAAAUGGGCUCCUAAUGGAAGGUUCGAGAAGAAAGUUCGGGUAAUACAGCUUCGUAGGGAUGCAGUAAUGAAGGCACUCAUAAAGGAACAGAAAAAACGUAUAGAAUCAGGGAAGGAAAUAAUCUGUUUUCUUGACUACUUGCUGUCAGAAGGAAAGACAUUGACCGAGAAACAAAUUGAAAUGAUUGUGUGGGAGGAAAUUAUAGAAACGUCGGAUACAACUGUGGUGGCCACAGAAUGGGCUAUGUAUGAACUAGCCAAAGAUCCUGAGCGACAGAAUAAAUUGUUUCAUGAAAUUCACGGUGUAUGCGGAUCUGACAAAGUAACAGAAGACCAUCUGCGCCAGCUUCCUUACCUAUCUGCUAUAUUUCAUGAAACAUUGAGAAAGCAUGGCCCUGUUCCUGUUAUUCCUCUUCGGUAUGUGCACGAGGAUGUAGAACUUGGAGGUUAUCAUAUUCCUGCAGGAACCCAGAUUGCUAUAAACAUUUAUGCAUGUAACAUGGAGAAGGCACUAUGGGAGACCCCCGAAGAGUGGAAGCCGGAACGGUUUCUUGAAGGAAAGUAUGAACAGAAUGAUUUAUUCAAGACGAUGACGUUCGGAGGGGGUAAGCGGGCAUGUGCAGGUGCUCUACAGGCAAUGACGAUUUCCAGCCUAGCAAUCGCGAGAUUGAUACAGGAAUUCGAAUGGAGGCUUGAGAAAGAGGAAGAAGAGAACGUUGCUACAGUUGGUCUUACUUCCUACAAACUUUAUCCACUGCUAGCAAACAUCAAGCCAAGAAAUUGAUGUCCAAGAUUCACUUAACAUAAAAUAAAUAAAAAUCUUGUGCAUUAGCUUUCCCUUUGAGUAAGUUCCUAAUUAUUACGGAGUAAUAUAUACGGAGCAUAAAGGAAAUAAUUAACUGGCUCAGAACCAAAAUGAAGACAAUAUUAUCUUCUUUGUCAUGAUAACAACUAUUAUAUGGAACUUAUUUCAUGUAAUCAUGUUUACUAAGAUAAUCAUCAUAAUUGUUUUCGUUAACUUUAUUCUAAAUACAAAAAACCACAAAUAAAGAUCUUGAAC